CACAAGCACAAAUACUGUUCAAGUAAUUUUUUCCCAUAAUUAAUUAAUUAGAUUUAGUACGUACGUACGUAGCUAUAACCAUAUGGCUUCAGCCUUAUUAUUCAUUAUAAUUUUCAUGGCAGUUUGUGGUUCUCAAGUGUCAUAUUGCCGAGAACUCCAUGAUAGUAACAAUAAUAAUAUAGAGGAAGAUGGGAUCAAAGCCUUGUCGAAGAGGCAUGAAGAGUGGAUGGUGAGACAUGGAAAGGUGUACAAGAGUGCCCAAGAGAAGGAGAUUCGUUUCAACAUCUUUAAAGAAAAUGUCAAGUUUAUUGAGUCCUUCAAUAAACAUGAGAAAAAGUACUCUUUCAAAAUAAGUAUGAACAAGUUUGGGGACAUGGCUAACCAUGAGUUUAGGGCUCUUCGUAAUGGAUACAAAUCAACGGCAGCCAGUAGUACUUCAUCAUCAUCACGGCCAACAUCAUCCAUGUUGUUCAAGUAUGAAAAUGUUACUCACUCUUCCAUUCCUUCUAGCAUUGAUUGGAGGGAGAAAGGAGCUGUCACUCCCAUCAAGGACCAGCAAACAUGUGGUAGUUGCUGGGUGUUCUCAGCAGUGGCAGCAACAGAGGGAAUCACAAAAAUAAAGAAAGGGAAACUAAUCUCCCUAUCUGAGCAACAAAUCCUUGACUGUGACACAAACCCAGACGACCAAGGAUGCCGAGGAGGACUAAUGGAGAACGCCUUCAAUUUCAUAGCCAAAAAUGGAGGCAUAACAUCUGAAUACGCAUACCCAUACAAAGCAGAACAGAGCACAUGUGCCACCACAAAGAGAUUGUACAACGUGGCCAAGAUCAAGGGCUACCAAGCAGUCCCCCAAAACAGCGAGGCCGAGCUCCUCAAGGCCGUGGCGCACCAGCCUGUAUCCGUGGCCAUCGAGGGAGGGGGCCAAUACUUCCAAUUCUACUCCUCUGGUGUUUUCACUGGUGAUUGCGGUACCACACUUGACCAUGGGGUCACCGUUGUUGGUUAUGGUACGGACGAGGAGGAGGGCACUAAAUACUGGCUUGUUAAGAAUUCGUGGGGCACAAAUUGGGGUGAAGAGGGUUAUGUCAGGAUUCAAAGAGAUGUGGGUCAGAAACAAGGUCUUUGUGGUAUUGCCAUGGAUGCAUCUUACCCUGUUGUCUAGCUACCUAUAGUUUCUAUUGAAUUGAUCCCCCAUUAUUAUUCUUAUUAUUGCAUAUGUAUAUAUAAUGUUCUUUUUUUGAAGAUUUUAUUUGCUUUAAUGGGUUGUACUUUCAGUUAGAAUAAAAGUUUAAUUAUUGUUUCA